AUGGCGUCGGCCAGCGAGACGACAGAGCAGUCCACCAUAACGAGCACGGCUGUGGACGACGGUGGUGCGCACGAGAGCAAGCGGGAGCACCUCAAUGGCGCGGCGGCUACCCCUACUGUGGGGCAGGAGGAGGAUGAGAUGAUCGGGCCGGGCCCUGCGCCGGCGAAGCAGCGGCAGAAGCGUCCGCUCCAGUUCGAGCAGGCGUUCCUCCACGCCCUCCCCUCCGCCGCCAUGUACGCCCUCUCCACCCUCCUCGCCAUUUGGGGUCAGGAUUUGGUGGCGCCCGUCGAUGAGAGCUGGUUAACUAAGGUGUUUUGUUUCGCAGGGCAUCUGAAGUUUUGGAAGAAGAAACCUGUUGGGAUUGAAUUUGCUAAACAUUUUCGGUCUCAUCUCAGUCCCAUCGAAGGUCUAGCUGUGAGUGUUGAUGGAUUGCUUUGCUGCACAAUAUCCAACGAUCGGUCUGUGAAGAUAUAUGAUGUUGUAAACUAUGACAUGAUGUUCAUGAUGCGUCUCUCAUUUGUUCCUGGGGCUAUUGAGUGGGUUCAUCGAGAAGGAGAUGUUAAACCAAAACUUGCCGUUAGUGACCGGAAUACACCUUUUGUUCACAUAUUUGACACCCAUUCUGGUUCAAAUGACCCAAUCAUGUCCAAAGAGAUUCAUGGUGGCCCUGUCCAAGUUAUGAAAUAUAACCACAUUCAUGAUGUUGUUAUAUCUGCUGAUGCCAAGGGACUGUUGGAAUACUGGUCUCCAUCUACCCUCAAGUUUCCAGAAAAUGAGGUGAGGUUUCGCCUGAAAUCAGAUACAAAUCUAUUUGAAAUUGCGAAAUGCAAGACAAGUGUGUCUGCAAUUGAGGUAAGCAAUGAUGGCACUCAAUUUGCUGUCACAUCCCCUGAUCGCAGGAUACGGGUAUUUUGGUUCAAAACUGGGAAAUUAAGACGUGUAUAUGACGAGUCCCUAGAGGUGGCACAAGAUCUUCAAAGAAGUGAUGUUCCAUUGUAUCACCUUGAGGCUUUUGAUUUUGGACGACGAAUGGCUGUGGAGAAGGAAAUAGAGAAAACAGAAAAUGUUCCACAACCUAAUGCUGUCUUUGAUGAGAGCUGCAAUUUUCUUAUUUACGCUACCCUUUUGGGUGUAAAGAUUGUAAAUUUGCACACAAAUAAGGUUUCCUGCAUCCUGGGGAAGGUAGAGAACAAUGAGAGGUUUCUGAGAAUUGCACUAUACCAAGGAGACAAAGGCAACAAGAAGGUUAGAAAAAUACCUUCAGUAGCUGCCAAUGUCAAUGAUAGCAAGGAACCCUUAUCAGAUCCAACACUGCUUUGUUGUGCUUUCAAGAAGCAUCGUAUAUAUCUCUUUAGUCGUAGGGAACCGGAAGAGCCUGAAGAUGCAACUAAGGGUAGAGAUGUUUUCAAUGAAAAACCACCUCCAGAAGAGCUUUUGUCUGUAUCAGACCUAGGCAAAACUGCUACAACAUCAUUGCCUGAUAAUUUGGUGCUACACACUUCUAUGGGUGACAUUCACUUGAGACUAUAUCCAGAAGAGUGUCCAAAAACUGUGGAAAACUUCACCACCCAUUGCCGGAACGGUUAUUAUGACAAUCUUAUAUUUCACCGUGUGAUUAAAGGAUUCAUGAUUCAGACUGGAGAUCCUUUGGGGGAUGGCACUGGUGGGCAAUCAAUCUGGGGCACUGAAUUUGAAGAUGAAUUUCACAAGAGCUUGAGGCAUGAUAGGCCUUUUACACUUUCCAUGGCCAAUGCGGGGCCUAAUACCAAUGGUUCUCAAUUCUUUAUCACCACUGUGGCAACUCCAUGGCUAGAUAACAAACACACAGUGUUUGGUAGAGUUGUGAAAGGGAUGGAUGUUGUCCAGCAAAUUGAGAAGGUCAAGACUGACAAGAAUGACAAACCAUAUCAAGAUGUAAAGAUCUUGAAUGUUACAGUUCCCAAGACAUAA